GAAGGAGAGCGAAGCCAAAGAAAUGGCCUGGAAAUGUUAAAUUACCCAAUUGACCUUGCUGACACGAGGGAAGAGCCCGAUUGGCGAUCGGUUUCUUCUUACACGCUGAAGAAAAAAAGGGUGGGGAAGAAUGGCAGGUGGGUCGAGGUUAGAGACGAACCCAUCGCAACGAAACUCCAUAACGGCGAUAGGCAGAUAUUGUAACUGUAAGUAAACUCCACUUCGUAGGGGAGGAAUCAGGAGCUGCCGCAGGGACCCAAGAAGGAUUUCUCAUUCAUUUUCACUAGUAAUAUUGGCUGAAAUUACUUGAUCACCUUGCUUAUCAUUAGUGUUCUGGGGAAUCAAGGAGCUUGUGUUACUGUCAUCUUCUUCAUUUCUCUCACCGAAUGAAAUUACAGAGCGACGCACAACAUAGAUGUACUCGAGUAAUUUGAAGGGGUUUAUUUUGGCUGUCGUUUCCAGUGCUUUUAUCGGUUCCAGCUUCAUUAUCAAGAAGAAGGGUCUCCAACGGGCCGGGGCUCACGGCCCUUCAGCCAGUGUUGGAGGAUACGGUUAUCUGCGAGAGUCUCUCUGGUGGAUCGGCAUGAUUACCAUGAUUGCUGGAGAGAUAGCUAAUUUUGUGGCAUACAUUUACGCCCCUGCUGCGCUUGUGACGCCACUUGGUGCAUUAAGUAUUAUUAUUAGUGCGGUCUUAGCACAUUUCAUGUUGAACGAGAAGCUGCAGAAAAUGGGCAUGUUGGGGUGUCUUCUGUGCAUAGUCGGAUCCAUUGUAGUUGUUCUCCAUGCACCUGAGGAGAAGUCCCUUACUUCUGUUCUUGAAAUUUGGGAUUUGGCCACUCAACCAGCAUUCCUCUUGUAUACGGCCUCUGCAAUAGCUGUGGCUUUGGUAUUGAUUUUAUAUUGUGCUCCCCGCUAUGGCCAAACCAAUAUUUUGGUUUACAUUGGAACAUGCUCUAUAAUUGGAUCAUUGACUGUCAUGAGUGUAAAAGCAAUUGGCAUUGCAAUAGAACUUACAUUAGAGGGCAUAAACCAGGCUGUAUACUACCAGACAUGGAUUUUUGCAAUGGUCGCUAUUACUUGCAUCAUUGUGCAAUUAAAUUAUCUUAAUAUGGCAUUGGAUACUUUCAACACAUCAGUUGUGUCUCCUAUCUAUUAUGCCCUGUUCACAUCUUUCACAAUAUUAGCAAGUGCAAUCAUGUUUAAGGACUAUUCUGGUCAAAGUGCAAGUAGUAUUGUAUCAGAGCUGUGUGGUUUCAUCACUAUUUUAUCCGGAACAGCAGUAUUACAUAGUACAAGGGAGCCAGAUCCUCCAAUAACGGAUUUAUACACACCAUUGUCUCCUAAAGUGUCAUGGUAUAUCCAUGACGGUACUGAACCUUGGAGGCCGGACGAAGAUGCACCACCCUUCAAUUUAGCCAAAAUUAUACGGCAAGACCAUUUCAAGUGACAGGAGAUUAACACGAAAAUCAGAUUAGUCCUUUGAUGUCCUGCUAGUGAAUCAUGAGGCAUCCUGAUUUAUUGUCUCAGCCCUUCCAAUUGUUUAAGCACAAAAGCGUGCCAUUAUUGAUAGAGUUGGGCUUUGUUCCAGUUUGCUUUAGCAAGAGAUGUAAGAGAUUGAUCAACGUUGUGUUGGCAGAGAGGAGAAAUUUCCUUCUUUUUCAGUUUUUUUUCCCCUUGAAAUUUCUGGUAGAUGUUCAUAAGCCUGAGCUCUGUUCUUCAUCCACAAGUUUGCAUUCAUGUUACCCUUUCAAGUUGAGUUGGUAUCCCCAUACCUUUUUUUCUCUUGUGGUUUGCCUCCUUUUUCCCCGGGGUUUACAACUAAUUUAUUUGCACAAUGAAGAUGCUUCCAGAUUCUGGUUUGGGCCAGCCAAAUGCUUGAAACUAACCCAUGUAAUGUGUAUCACUGUGAUGUUAAUUAUUUAUUUAGAGCACCAAUAUUGGCCUGAUAGUUGUCGACAUGUGGUGUUCAAGCGCGAAUUGUCUAUGUACUGAUCAGUUAGAAUUGGAAGAGUCACGGACGCUCUACUGGCUUUGCGCGUGCAGCGGCAAAGCGAGUCCAUAUGUAUUGUGGAAGUUU